AUGGUUGGUGCUGCUGCUGCUACAGCGACGGACGCCAUGUUGCGCAAGUUUCAGAUCGCCGAGUUUUCCGACAUUCGAUUCACGUCUCACGUGGGGCGGCCAUUCGACGUCACGAUGGCCACGAUGAACGGCAACUUGCCGUUGCGUCUGUGGCUUCGGUGUGUGGACACAGACACGAAAUGGGAAUGCACCGUGCACGACACCACACUGGAAGCCACGGGCAAAGUGUUUGUCUGGGACAGUUCGCACGUGAUCAACGCCCUCCACGUUGCGUUAAGCCAAAGCAAGGCUAUGUGUCCGGGGGCCACCUUUGUCCAGUUGGCGCUGGUCCUACUAGAGCAAGGCUCGGCGAGGAUGGUGCUCACUAUCGACCCCGACUCGCCCCUCGGGUCCACCUACACAUUUCCCCUCACCAGGUCGGUUGUCGCGCCCAUGACGCUGAUGCAAACCGCCAUGGACAAACUCGAACGAGAAAACGACGUCCUUCGCCGCGCCAUCGCGGCGCCGGUGCGCUCCGUGUCGGUGGUCGCCACGUCCAAGCUCAAAGUCCCGCGCGAUACGUUCCUCACUUGGUCGGUGCUUGGUUGGCUCGACCCGGCCCAGUUUGCACUCACCCCCCUCACGGACGCGGUGGUGCUGGUGCAGUCCGGCAAGUACUGCGUGACGGUGCAGGGCCAGUUUGAGCACCGCCAUGGCCACAACGCAAUGGUGCUGUUCGUGAACGGGAUGGCGGCGGCGGCGCCGCCGGGAAGCAAGGCGGUGGACGUGAUGAACAUCACGCAUGUGAUGGAUGUGCCCGCGCAUGCAUAUGUGCAGGUGUUGCAUCGAGGUGGGAAUUUCUUAAAGGCGGGCGCAACCUUGGGCUUGUACUGGCUCGGUCCCUCAACGACCUAA